CGCGGGCGCUCGCACACGGUCACCACCACCGCCAGCUCUUUCGCCGAGAACUUCUCCACCAGCAGCAGCAGCUUCGCCUACGACCGGGAGUUCCUCCGCACCGCGCCGGGGCUCCUCAUCGUGGCGGAGAUCGCAAAGGGAGAGACAGAGAGAUCGUCUACCUGCUGAUUCACUCUCCAAAUGUCUGCAAGAGCCACGGCUGGGCCAGGCUUCAGCCAGGAGCUGAGUGCCCCAAGAGGGCUCCCUCGACAGGUCCUGGGCCUGCUGGUGUGGACGCUGAUUGCUGGCACGGAGUACUUCCGGGUCCCUGCGUUCGGCUGGGUCAUGUUUGUAGCUGUGUUUUACUGGGUCCUCACCGUCUUCUUUCUCAUCCUCUACAUAACAAUGACCUACACCAGGAUCCCCCAGGUGCCCUGGACCACAGUGGGCCUGUGUUUUAACAGCAGCGCCUUCAUCCUGUACCUCUCGGCCGCCGUGGUGGACGCGUCGUCCGUCUCCCCGGAGAGAGACAGUCACAACUUCAACAGCUGGGCGGCCUCGUCGUUCUUUGCCUUCCUGGUGACCAUCUGCUACGCUGGGAACACAUACUUCAGUUUUAUAGCGUGGAGAUCCAGGACUGUGCAGUGAUGGGGCGUUUUCAUAACAAAAAGGAAAAGAAAGAAUCGAACUGUAAAAGCAGCUGUAGGUGUGAUGUACUGUAUUCCUGGAGAGUUGUAUUUAACUAAUGUUUUAUAUACUUCGCCCGCAGCCGUUUGUACAGUGACACUGGAUCCUUAUUUGCAAAACGCCGGAGCCCCUGAUGAACUCCUUAAGUGUCUUUUCUAAAGUCACAAAACAGUAUUUUCUUAGGCAAUGUACAAAUAGAGAAAUUGCUAAUAUUAAGAAUGUGACAAGUUUGUAAACCUAACUCUUAAUAUGCCAGAUUCUUUUGUGAUUAAAUGUUGCAAAAUCCCA